GUGGAACUUGACAUCAUGUGGAACCAGCGUAGCCAGCUCAGAGUGCAGUGAGGAGCUGUUCUCAUCGGUUUCCGUUGGGGAUCAGGAUGACUGUUAUUCUCUCUUGGAUGACCAGGAGUUCACCUCUUUUGAUUUGUUCCCCGAGGGGAGUGUCUGCAGUGAUGUAUCUUCUUCUAUCAGCACGUACUGGGAUUGGUCAGACAGUGAGUUUGAGUGGCAGUUGCCUGGCAGCGACAUUACAAGUGGGAGUGAUGUACUUUCUGAUGUUAUACCUAGUAUUCCAAGCUCUCCUUGUCUGCUUCCAAAAAAGAAAAACAAGCAUAGGAAUCUUGAUGAACUUCCAUGGAGUGCAAUGACAAAUGAUGAACAGGUUGAAUAUAUUGAAUAUUUGAGUCGCAAAGUCAGUACAGAGAUGGGCCUUCGAGAGCAACUUGAUAUUAUUAAGAUUAUUGAUCCUACUGCUCAGAUCUCGCCUACAGAUAGUGAAUUCAUUAUUGAAUUGAACUGUCUCACUGAUGAGAAACUGAAACAGGUGAGAAACUAUAUCAAGGAACAUGGACCUCGUCAGCGGCCUGCGAGGGAAAGCUGGAAGAGGAGUAGCUACAGUUGUGCAAGUACCAGUGGUGUGAGUGGCGCGAGUGCCAGCAGCAGCAGUGCCAGCAUGGUCAGCUCAGCAAGCAGCAGUGGUUCUAGUGUUGCUAACUCCGCUUCAAACUCGAGUGCCAACAUGAGUCGAGCACACAGUGAUAGUAAUUUGUCCACAAGUGCUGCAGAAAGAAUCCGGGAUUCCAAAAAACGUUCCAAGCAACGGAAGCUACAGCAAAAGGCCUUACGCAAGAGACAGCUGAAAGAACAAAGACAAGCUCGUAAGGAAAGACUGAGUGGAUUAUUUCUUAAUGAAGAAGUGCUCUCUUUAAAAGUGACUGAGGAGGACCAUGAAGGAGAUGUGGAUGUUUUAAUGUGACAGGGGUGAAUUUAUCAGUGUUCUUUCUAAGCCUUAAAUGUAUUAUCCUUAUUGUUUACAUGUAUUUCUCGACCAAAUUUUGGUUAGUGUUAACAGUAUAAACCAGAUCUUUUCUCAAGUGUCAUUUUGCUAAGAAGGUCUAGGUAUUGAGUAACUUCACCUUUUGAGACUAGUUUUACAACAAAGAUUUCAGAAACUUA